GCGACAACCCCAAAAGAGUGCAGGCUGGAGGAAGGAAAAAACACACACACAGACACAGACACAGAGGAGGCCUAAAUCAUAUCGCUUGAUUGGCUCCUCCACAUCAGAUCCACUGCCGGGCUGUAAACCUCGGCCCGGACCCGGACCUGCCACUUCUGACCCGCUUCCACAGGAGUUAGGCUCUAUACGUGGCAGAUUAAUGAGCAUGUCCUCCUUAUAAAGCUCAACUACCUGCUGCCACAGACAAGAAACAGGCGAGUCUGUUUGAACUUGGCCAUGGCCCACGCCACCAGUAUCCAGUAUGAGCCAGUGGCAGAGAUCGGAGGAGGUGCUUAUGGGACCGUUUAUAAGGCCCGAGACACAGAGAGCGGGCAGUUUGUUGCCCUGAAGAGCGUGCGUGUCCAGACAGACCAAAACGGCCUGCCGACCUCCACAGUCAGAGAGGUGGCUCUGUUGAGAAGGCUGGAGCAGUUUGACCACCCAAAUGUAGUCAGGCUCAUGGAUGUAUGUGCCACCCAGAGGUCGGAUCAGGAGACUAAAGUCACUCUGGUGUUUGAGCAUGUGGACCAAGACCUCAAGACAUACCUCGAGAGAGCUCCUGCUCCUGGAUUAUCUCCUGACCGCAUCAAAGACCUGAUGAGGCAGUUGCUGUGUGGUCUUGCAUUCCUUCACUCUAACCGUGUGAUGCACAGAGACCUAAAACCAGAGAAUAUUCUGGUAACCAGCCAGGGCCAGGUGAAGCUGGCUGACUUUGGACUGGCCAGGAUUUACAGCUGCCACAUGGCUCUCACUCCUGUGGUGGUGACAUUGUGGUAUCGCCCACCUGAGGUUCUGCUACAGUCCAGUUAUGCCACACCUGUGGAUAUCUGGAGCACCGGCUGUAUCUUUGCUGAGAUGUUCAGACGCAAACCGUUGUUCUGCGGCGAAUCGGAAGUGGACCAGCUUGGGAAAAUUUUUGAAGUUAUUGGCUUGCCCCCAGAGGACGAGUGGCCGACCGACGUUACACUCUCAAGAAAAAACUUCCCCCCUCUCAUUCCUCGCCCAAUCGCUGAUUUUGUUUCAGAGAUAAAUGAGCAGGGGGCACAACUAUUACUGAACAUGCUGACCUUUGACCCCUUGAAGCGAAUAUCUGCCCUGAAUGCCCUAGAACAUCCGUAUUUCCGGGACGAGGAGACAUUGACUCAGACAAAAAGCUGAAGUGAUGCAGUGAAACAUGCAGCGAGAGGUAACAGUGUCUAAGUUUAGACCUGGCCUAACCAUAGAGGAAUUAAGUUUCAUUCAGUGCGUUGCCUUUCAAGAUGUCUGGGUUAUGCUUUGGGAUAUUAUUUUGUUACUCCUGCAUCAAAAAGGAUUAAAGCCUGAAAAAUGGGAUAAAAAAAUGAAGAGGAGUGAACCUAAGGAUCACUGGCAUCCUUUCCAACAUGUAAAUGUCACGGUUAAUGAUAUUAACAUGUCACGUCUUCAAGAACCAGUACCAGUGUUUUUGAUGUUUGAUUUCUGUAUCAAUCUCAGCAGGGACUCGUAAACAGAAAUGUCUCCUCUGUUAUGUUGCUCUUGUUACUUUUGUACAGCGUUUAGACAGGAGGAAGCAGAGAUGUCAUCUUUUCUUGUUACAGGCUGAACAAAGUCUGACAGAAGUGCCACCUCAGAGGCUUGAAACAGCCAGUCGUUUGUGAUUUUUGCUGUAUUUCUGGUGGAAAUAAAUCUGUAUGAAAAUGAUUAGCUAUUACUAUAUUUAAAUCAUGCAGAAAAGCAUCAAUAGUCUGAAGUAGCAGAACAGAAUUGCACAAGAAAGACAUAUAUGACAAAAAUACUGGUAUUGCUCUUUCAUACUCUGAUAAAGUAAAAGAAAUAGUUUCUUUUAUUGGAGGACUGAAAGGUUGGACCUCAUUUCAUGUUUAACAUUUUUUUGAUUGUUGCUAAAACCAUCUGAAAUCAACCAGCACUGCAGUUUUAUUCACAUUCAGUCUUCAUUUCAUAGCUUAAUUUGUGUAUUUGGCUACUAUACAGAUGGAGGUCCUCAUAAAAUGAAUAAAUGUGAUAAAUAUGAAAACUGACAUGGACUGAAAUGCUUUGUGAAACACAAUGAACUAUAUUGAAUACUAACAAAACUUCAAAAAGACUUAGCAUCACUAAACAGUUUUUGUCCUCUAACAUUGACUAAAUAAAUGGUUAAUGAAUGUGGCUGUCUAAA